ACAACAUCGAUGACAUCGACAUUGGAAUCGAUGUUUCUCCAAAUCCAUAACAAAAAAAAUACAAAAAUAAUUAAGCCGGUUGCCAAGAAAAUAACACUUAUUACUGGCCUGUCAUGAAAAAGAAACCUGCAAAAUGGAAAUAAUUUUGCCCCAAAAAGCGCACGACGCAAAGAAGUUCCUGGAUUGUGCUGCGAAGGUGGACUACGAUGAGUUCUCGGCGAAAAUGUUCAUAUUCUGCAAUGUGCACAGCGACGUGGACGUGUUCGAGCUGAUGGGCAACGACCGGCUGUCGCAGUUGAUCUACGGAUGGGAGGUGUGCCACCUGCCCACCCGCGAUCCCGAGUCCUUCAAGGAUCCGGCCCUGCGCCACAUCGUCCAGGUUCUGGCGCAUCACUCGCUGCAGAUGUGGUUCAGCCAGGAGUGGAUCACCUGCUCUGAGGGCCUCAAGCACCUGCUGCUCUACAGCCUCACCAAGGCGGUGCCGGCGUUCUACCAGAUCCCCGACCUGGCCGAGAUCGACUGGCCAUACAUCCUGCAAUUCCAGGCGAAACCCUGGAGCCUUCCAUACUUGCAGCAGCUGUUUCUCAGCCUGAAACAGAACAAACACAAUGCCAUCGAACACACAGUCCCUGUGGCAACAGGAGAAGACAUUGCUUUUCUGAUACAGGAGGGCCUGUGCCUCUUACUCCUGCGACUCAUGCAGCUCUUCAACGCCGGCAACUUUGAGGCUGUGAAGCAAUUGGCGCUUCGCAUGCUUGCCGCUUGGUUGAAAGCCCACGAAAAUGCCCCAUUUGUGUCCUUCGAACAGGAUAAAAACUCCAUUACCCUGGUGGCGCAUCUAUAUCUACUGACCAUAUUCGUGAGAGAUGAAAACCGCGGCUAUGUUAUUGACAAUUUGAUGCACAACAUACGAUUCUAUGUUCAGAGCAUGCAGGAAGCUUCGAUCUCCCAAAACAUUAACUUCACGCCGGCCCGUCUAAUUGCCCAGGUUUGUGUGCGUCUGCAAUUGGGCAAGAAUGGCUUCUUUGAGCAGAUUGGCUUCAAGAAGUUCAAGCUCAGCCUGGUCACCUCUUUUGCCGUGAUGCUAGAGACCUACUCCAGUUAUGUGCUGGGCAAUCUUUUGAUGGAGCUGCAGGGCCUCAACGAGCACGACUUCCUGGAGCACUUGCCGCAGUUCAAGGUGCUGAUGUAUCGCUACGUGGAGGAGCGGGAGAACAGCGAGCGUUUCCUCCUAGAAGAGCUGAAGAAGAUGGAGAACCAGCGCAACAGCCACUUUCAGCCACAGGUGGUGGAGCUCAAUCUGAACUACCAGCAGCAGAUAUGUAAGGGCAACCGGGCCAGCAACAUUGGCAACUACAAGAACUGUGACGACGAUGAGAAGCCGCUGCCGGAGGCGGACGAAGAGCAGGACCGCCAGAUAGAUCCGGUGUUUCAAAAUGUGCCAAAUAACGAGGAGGUUUUGACCUUUGUCUACCAGCUGCUGGCCGAGCGGAACUUUUCUGGCUGGAAGUUUGCCAAGAUUGCCCUGCUGCUGAAGAUCAUUGGCCAGCAACUGAAUGUCAUCGAAAUAUGGCGCUAUCACCCCGGUCUGACCAUCGAAUUCAUGCUCAAUUUGGAACAGAAAAUGUCCGCGAACUAUGCCGACUUAGCAAAGGUCUUCACCGACCACGGAUUCAUGGAGGCUGAAUUCUGGCUGACUGCUUUCUAUCUCCACCCGAUAGCCUUAAAUUACAAUGAGGUCAGGCGUUGUUCGCGCAUCAAGAAGAAGCGCCAGGAGGAGGACCACUGGCCGCCAGCUGCGGCAUCCAGCAACGUCAAGUACGAGCUGCUCAGUUCCACCAUCGAUGUCGAUGAGAUUGUAACCAUAACAAACCAUAACGCCCCAGUUGCCGACUACGAUCCCAUAUACAAAUCUCUGCAGGCGCUGCGGCUUCCGCGCAGCAUGAUCAAGGAUCUCCUGACGGUGGUCUUCCAGCCGCGCAACAAGCGCUACUCCUGGGCUCUGGACUGGCACACGCUGCACGAGCGAUGUCAUGCGCUGCUCAAAAGCCAGGACCUGAAGAACAAAUUUGUGGCUCUCAACAUGGCCGAGGCAGGCGACCACUUGGAGUUCCUCCAGAUUGACUAUGCCAAGUACCGGGAUCGACCGCAGUUGGACUACGGCACCAUCGAGGAGGGCUACGAGAACGCGGCUAACCUACCGGAGGCUGAGGAGGAACCUGAACCCACGCCCGCGGUAGAUGAAGAUGCUGCAAAAGCCACGCAACAGAAAAAGCGGCGACCCGCUAGGCGCAAGUUCUGGGAUGAGGUGUUCUCUGAAGACGAGGAGGAGGCUGCCUCGAGCGAUUCGGAGCCCUACUACACGGGCAAUGGCCGCCGGACUCGGAUCAGAGCAGCAGCCAUGGUGGCCAAUGCAAUGCUAUCCGACAUGGAUCGCAGUAUGCGCGGUGGCCGACGAUCGAGCUCUCCGGAGACAUCAGAAGCUAAAUCAGACCCGGAGUCCGAAUUCAGGGCGCCGCCAGAGAUCGAAGUCAAGCCUUCGCAGCCAGCAUCCCCAAAAGAGGUAGCUGUCAGUGAUGAGAAGCGCACGAUCAGUGAUUUAAUGGAGGCACGCACCAAAUUUAGCAACGAAACCGGCGGUUUCAAGGCCUUCGCCGACAUCUGGAGCUUCGAGAAGGAAGAGCUCCAGAACGUGGCCAGCGAGGACAACAAUCUGAUGGAGUGCAGCUCAGUGCUCAGCAAGUUCAAAAACUGGAAGAACCUCAAGCUGACGGCAGCGGCAAAGCAGUCCGUGCAGCCAGCUCCACAGUCAACAGGAAGGAUGGUUCGCACUGGAUCGGAAACCGAGAGCGUUAACUCUGAAACCUCCACAAUGGCCACGCACGACUUCAACGAGGACACCUACGACAACGAUUCCCCCGGUGUAAGUAAAGAGCUAACGCCUUCGCCGCCGCUCAAGUCAGAUUUUACCAUGAAGACUGAAGUGUUGCAGCCCGCCGAAGAAAGCGAGCCGCAGCUGGUCGAGAUGCCCCUAAAAACUGCACCAGUAAAGCAGGAGUCAAUGGAGACUGAAUUCCUGACCGAGGAUACCGCUGAAACUGAAAGGGGGAGUCAGGAGCCUUUACAAACUAGGCGGUUAAAAGAUGAGGCCUUAGAUACCCAACAGCUACUAGGAGAAGUCCUAAAAACUAGUCAGCUAAAUGAAGAGGUUUUGGAAAGAGUUCAGGUCAUGGAAUCUAGAGAGCUAAAAGAAGAGGUUCUGGAAACUGGAACAAGUAAUCCUUUAGAUCACCUAGUCGGAGAUCUCCCGCAAACAAGGCAGCAAAAGAAGGAGCACAUUAAUAAUCAGUUACCGCAAAUGGCGGCAAAUGUCACGGUAAUCGUGGAAAACAAACAGCUUACCGGAACGGACACGGAAACGGACACAGCAGAAGAGACGUUGCGAUACGAAGAAACCGAAAAGGAACCGGAGUGCAAGCGCUUGAAACUGGACCCAAUCGACGAGGCAGUAUAUCAAAAUACCAUUCUAGGAGGAACCUCAGCAGAGGAGAGGGAGCGCCUCAUCCACGAGUGUCUGACCCGUCCGGCCCAGGUGUGCCUCAACAUGCUGACAGCCCAGGACAUUGAGAAGCUGCGCGGAGUGCGAGUGCGGAUAAGGCGCACCAACUUGGUGGACUACUAUCGCGAACAGACGCUGCGCAAGCAGAGACGAAUCGCCGCCAGCCUGCUGAGUCAGAGUCGCUCCCACACCGAAGACAGCAAUGCAUCCUCGCACAGCUCCGAUGUGCGCAAAAACAAGAGGCGCUUUAAGAAGUUCGUUCACAUCACAUCGGACUCGCCGGCCCCUUCCUUGUCGUCCACGCCAUCGCCGCGAAUUAUGGAGGCCAAGCCGAUUUUCAAGCACAUAACAUCCGAUUCCUCCACGGAUCUGGAGGACGUGCCGCCAGCGCUUCCCACCACACGGAGACGCGGUCGCGGACGGGGUCGUGGAGGAGGCGGGCCCAGGUGCAAGACACAAGCGAUUUCCCGGCGAACGCCAUCCUAUCCGCCAGACGUGAUCGAGCUGUCCUCGGACUCGCUGUCCUCCAGCUCACCGGUGCCAGGAGGCAACCAUCCGAUGAUUCACUUCUCGCAGGUGAUGGAGAUGGAUCCACUGUACGAGGAGGAAAUCGUUCCCUUCUAGCACGUCCUUGACAAGUCGGCCAGACUGCUGCUGAGCCGCAGGCGAGGCUCUACGUGCUCGGAACGAAUGCAGGAGAGGGGUUGCAAGGAGGUUGGACGAACAGAGCGAAUGGAAAUGUGGAAAAGCAGAGAGGGAGAGAGAGAGAGAGGAAGACGGAGCAUAGCUGGGAAAAUCGAAUUUGUCUCGCUUGUUAGAAUGCAAUUAGCCCGGGGCACAUUUUGGUAUUUGCUUUGGCUAGCACCGAGCCCGGAUUCUGAUGAAGUUAUGUACGUGUACAUCUGUUUGUCCAAGUCCCCGGCUCGGGCAUUGUAUUUCGGUUUUAUUUGGACUGUGACGACGCCCGCGGCGCUCUAAAAGAGAACUCUCGUCGAAUCCUGUGCCAUGGAAAUCAAUGGAAAAAGCAAACGCAUCCGCUCUUCAAUUAACUGGCUAAUUGAUAUGCAUUGUGGUUCUAAAAAAACCAAAUUAGCUACACGCGUCGGAGGAGCUCUUUAACAUGGAUGACGACGCCGGCGACACGUGGCUGUUGGUGUAAACUUUGGUGGCAAUAUAUACAUAUAUCAAUGACCAAUGGGUUGGGGUGGAAAAGCUGGGCAGGGAAACCCAUGUGCUAAACUAACACGAAAUAUAGUGUAUGGAAAAUUGUUAGUAGAUCGUAGCUCACUAAGACCUCAAAUAAGCUACGCGUUAGGAUUAUUACUGUUUAAGAGUUUAUCAA